AUGACCAUUCUAAGAACAACAGACCUUAAAACAAUCACGUCUGAGACUCAGAAAGGAGACACUACAGCCACACCCCCAACCUCAACAGCAGUCACAACAGCCCCCACUAACACCAUAGAAACUUUUCCCACAACAACCAGGACAACAGAUCUUAAAACUACCCUGUCUGAGUCUCAGAAAGGAGAAAAUACAGCCACAUCCCCAACCUCAACAAUACUCCCAAACCCAGCAACAGCCCCCACAGUGAGUACACUAUCUGAAACACAUGAUGACCUGAUAAUACAGACACCAUUCCAACUAGUGGAGUCAGUCCCUAGCAUUGGCACCACAAUAGCUCAGUCACCUGAGACAACAACUGCUCACUCAACAACCCUCAUCUCCAGCUCUUCAUGGAUAACAAAAUCCUCUGCUAUGACUGAAACCACUAACGUUUCUAAAGGCACCCAGAGUAGUAGUCCUGGAGCAGGAAUUUGUGCUUUGGAUGAAUAUCCAGCCAUCAGGGGAGUCUGUAUGUGCAAUGACAGCUACUAUGCCCAUUCAGAACUGUCCAGGAUGGUAGUGACCCUACACUGCCAGCCACAGAAAAUUGAGGUGGCCCUCAGAAGCUGCUUCCUGAAGACUCACCACUGGAUCCUGAGGGAUCAUGCCUUCUCAGGAUGCUCCAGUGUGAGCAAGAUAGAGGAGGGUCACCGUGUCCAAAUCUUCAUGAUUGAGAAGAAGGAGGGUGUUUGUGGACUUGAACUCUCCACUAACCACAGUCACGCCCUAUAUUCUCUGGAGGUGCAGCUUCUUCAGGUUCUUUCUGAUUCUGCCAUCAGGGAUGCCACAACGCUCAACUUCAGCUGUGUUUACCCGCUGGUGGUGGAUGUCAGCCAGACGCAGCCCUAUCCAGUGGUCAUCCAGACUCACGCCUUCCCAUACAGCACUGUUCAUGUUCCAGGUAUCGGGGAUACCAUUGUCAUCCUGGGCAUAUUCACAGACCCCCAGCAAUCCUCUCCACUAGAGAACAGACCAGUUCCCCUUGGAACUAGUCUCUAUGUGGUCCUCAGAGCCACAAGCAGUGACCCAGAGAGGUUUACCCUGGUGGUUAAUGAAGUCUUUGCCAGCACCAAUGCCUCCAGGACAGGGGCUGUUAAGGGCACCUACCAUUUUGUGAAGGCGAGCUGCCCAGUGAGUAACCAUCUGACUGGAGACCUGAAUAACAAUGGGAACUCUCUGGAGGUGACUCUGGCCUUCAACUUGAUCCGAUUCUUGACCAGUGACACCAUCUACCUGCACGGCCGAGUGACCCUGUGUAACAAACUGGCAGGACACCGAUGUCAGCCGACCUGUACUCAGAAGAGUCCUCCUGCAGGGAAUAAAGCUAGAAGUGUGGUGCAAGAGCGCAAGAGAGGCCUGGAGAAUAGCUCAGGCUGGCUCAUGUUCGGACCCAUACAAAUAACCGGUAACUGGAUCAUUGUGGAGCGGGCUGUCUGCUCUCGGCGCCCGGCCCCGGGCAGGGGCGGGACCCCGCCUGGGCUCCGAUUGCUGAUUGGUCGCGGGCGGGCAGACGAGGGCGUGGUCGGAGCGGCGCGCUCGGAGGCGUGCGGCCAGGCGGGCGAGUAA